AUGAGAAUCGUCGCCUUCUCCCUUGUCGCCUUUCUGGCCCUCAUCUCGUCUUCCGAUGGAGCAAAAAUCGCCACCAAGAUUCUGGAGGAAAUGGACAAGUCGUUGGAGAGCAAGGAUCAUGAGGAGUUCUUGAAGAUGCAUGCCGAUGACUUCCACUUCACGUUCUGUGACUCUGUUGGAAAGAGUCGGGAGGAUUUGAAAAAGAUUCUGGAGAAGGAUCCGAAUAUGUCGAGUGCGGUGAAGAGUAAGCACUUCCAAAAAGGACCACUUGUGAGAGAAGAUAAUGUGUGGCAGUUCAAGUACGAUGAGUACCUUCUUCUCAAGAACAAUGAACUCUACCGUACCGAGGGAAUCAUCAACUUCCUCCCUGGACCGAAAAUCCAAUCUGCCAAGGAAAAGUGCCCUGUGAAGGUGUUCUAG